CAACUAUAAAAAUCCUACAGGCACGCAAUCUGCGAACUUCACUUUACGUGGACAUACUUCAUUUGAAAAAGUAGCGUUUUUCUUUAAAAUUCCUAACCUUAUAUCCACGUAAUUACGUGGAUUUGGUGCGAAUAGACACAGCGAACAUUAUUACCAUACUACGGAAUUUAAAAAAAAGCUGGCACCAUGGAAGUGGGUGGAGAACAAUUAGAACCCAUUGUUCAAAAAAUGAUUAAUCUCGCCCAGUCAAAGCCUAAAGGAAUAUGUGACCAAGACAUUUCAAUAGAAAUGCCAGAUCUUUUACCAGAGCAGAAGAGAGACGUCAUAAAUAAGCUCUUGAAACUGAAUUACUUAAGAGUUUUCAAGCAGGGAAAAGUUUUGCUGUACAAAUUGAACGAUCCAUCCAAUACUAAGGUUGUAAAAGGUGCCGACAAUGAAGAGAAGGUUGUUUUCUGUAUCAUAGAAGAGGCUGGAAAUAAAGGAAUUUGGGUCAGAGAGAUAAGAAACAAGUGUAAUUUACCAGCCACACAGCUGGCCAAGAUAUUAAAAAGUCUUGAACAAAAAAAAAUUAUCAAAGCUGUUAAAUCUGUUGCUGCCAGCAAAAAGAAGGUAUACAUGCUGUUUGAUUUGGAGCCUGACAUAACUGUUACCGGUGGUGCCUGGUAUCAAGAUCAGGAUUUUGAGUCUGAAUUUGUUGAUAUUUUAAAUCAGCAGUGCUACAGGUAUUUAGAACAAAAAAGGGACUCAGUUGACGAAACAGUCGCUAACAUGGGACCAAUGUAUAUAAAACGAGCCAGUUAUGCGACUGCAGAAGAAGUCAAAGACUAUAUAAUUAAAAUUAAAAUCAGUAAGGUAAAACUUAGAGCAGAAGAUUUAGAAAUGAUACUCAAUACCUUGAUAUACGAUGGUAAGGUAGAAAAAUACAUAGCACCUGAUAAAAAAGUGUCGUACAGAGCAAUUAAACCUUUGGUGGAUACACCAGGUCUUGUAAAAAGUAGUUGUGGAGUUUGCCCUGUAAGAAAAAACUGCUGUGAUUUCGGUGACAUUACUCCAAUAAAAUGUCAAUAUAUAAAUGAAUGGCUGAACAGCUAG